UAGAGCUCAACGUGUCAUCCACUUUACCGUCACACUGUUCGGUGACUUGAAAACUCUGUGCGAAUCGAUUCGACUGAAUCAUUCAAAGUGAACGAUUCACUAGCGAACCGAACAUCGCUAUAUUGCUCGGGUGGUCUGCUCCGGUUUGUGCUGUAGGUCACUGCACCCGUGAAAUCAUUCAUUAACGCGACUAAGCAGCAGCUAUAAUGGCACAAGCGAAAAUUAACGCCAAAAUGAACGACGCAUCAAAAGGCAAAUUCGCCAGAACGAUUUCAAUGGCGGACCGGUCCGGACAGUUACUGGAAAGUCUGGAUCAGAUUGAGACGAGGGUGGAGGCUCUUCGCGAGGAAGCCGCUGCUAUGGAGCAGGAGAGAGAGUGCUUGAUUGAGAUGAUCCAGUCCAUUCGAAACAGUCAAGAAAUGAGGAGCAUUUGUGACGGGGAAAGGGAAGAGCUCUCUCUGACCGCCUCGAGACUCCUGGACAGGACGUUAACGGUGAGCAUUUCUGUGGAUACGCUCCGAAGCGACCAGCAGGAAGAGGCCUUGAGAAAAGCCACCGCCAUCAUCGAUGAGAUCGCUGGUAAAGUGCUGGAGGACACGGAGGGGGCCAGAAAGCGUCUGCAGGCCCUUCACGCCGCGUGUGUGACCGACGCGCCUCCUGUGCCUCUGGAUCAGAAGUUUCAGAGCAUCGUGAUCAGCUGCGCCCUGGAGGACCAGAAGAAGAUCAAGAGGCGCCUCCAGAGCCUCAUCAGGAACAUGGACAAUGCAGAGAAAAACAUUCAAGUUAUGGAUAAACAGAAAGUUGAUCAUUCCAGUCUCGCCAAUGGCAAAUAGAGUCUGAGGGACUGACGAGCGCCACACGUGCCUUUGAUAGCCUACAGGACAACACACACACACACACACACCUAACAAACACACAGGUUGCAGGUUUUAUAACCACUGAUGCCAUCUUGGUCUUAUGCAUAUUUAUUUUACUUCUAUGUUUUCACUUAGAGAAAAAAGCUAAACUGAUAUACCUCUUUAAAUUAUAUCGACCACUGACAGUUUUUUUCAUGCAAGACGAGUUGCAUGAUAUUAAAUAAAUUGAAUGAAUGAAUAAUUACAUUUAAUCAUAUGCUGAUGUAUACUACUAUCACUAUUUAAAAAAAAAAAAAAAAAAAAAUAAAAUCACAGUUUUUUUUUUUUUUCCUCUAAUGUUUAUGAUUUAUUAACUAAUAUGAAGCAAUGCAAAAUCACUGUAAUUCUGUUGGGAUUGACUGACAUACUCGCUGGAAGCCCCAUGAAUAUGAUUUAACUGGCUUGUGAUUACUUUUAAAGCAGUGGCACAUGGUUUUCUCUCUUGCUCUGUGCAUUCGAAUGAGAACGUUUGGCUCUCAGCUUGCUGGGAAUUUCUCGUUCAGCCAUCAGGUGAGUCUUUACAGCGGAGCAACACAGGCCUCUGCAGUACAAUAAAAAAGUACAAUAAAAAGACUUUUUAUUUUUGUCCUUUUUUUGACAACCACCCAACAGACCGAAAGCAGAACAGAGCUAAGUAUCUCCGGUGGAGAUGUGUGGAGCACAGACAAGACACAUCAGUCACAGAAUGAUCCAGACCUUUAAUCAUACAGUCAAUAAACAAAACAACAACAAAAAUCACUUCAAUUACACUUCUGCCGACUACAAAAAUACACAGGUGCUGCUGGCAUAUUCUUAAUGUCUACUAGAAAGAAGAAAAAAAAAAGCAGUUCCUGUAUUAGAAAUAAUGAUAACUGUAUAUUUAAGAUAACCAAGCAAUAACAUGAUCAGGAAUUAUAUCAGAUAAAUAAAGUGCCUUUAGUUCAUUGUAGUGUCGCCAUCAUUUCACUGCAGCAAAUGAGAAAACCAGCAAUCAUCACAUCAAGCCAGUUAACAUGAAGCUGAUGAGCGCAGUAAACAUGAAGGCCGUUGUGGCAAAGUACCAGGAUUGCACAUUCAACCAUAAAUGCAAGGCAUGCGAUUCAUGAACAAAUAUAAUCAAUCAAGAACUAAGCCACAUGAAACAAGUGAACAGAGCAUAAAACCUGCUUAAACUCAUCAUUAUCCUCUUAAGACACUGUGUCAAAAUAGCAGGGAGGUUUGAACAAUUCUGUAACAUCAUAUAUUUUA